AUGAGGACGCUGCUGCUUCUCCUGCUGCUCUGCUGGUGUGACACUGGACACAGCGACUGCCAGAGCGACUGUCUGACCUGCAGCAACCUGCUGGCCAAACAGGUCGGCUUCAGCGCCAUGGUGUGUCUCCUGGGGUGUGAAGGCAGUGGACCUCCAGCGUUGUCCUGGGACUGUCGGAGAGCUCUGCUGUCAGCAGGCUCCUGGCUGAACGUGGAUGUCAGUAAAAGGUCUGAGGAGCAGGCGGAGGCCUUGUUCCCUCAGCAGGAGGACCCGGUGGAGACGGAGCUGCUUCUGCCCACGGCCCUGGAGAGGUUCCAACAUCUGGGCAGCAAGACAAACGUCGACCUGGCUUUUGGGGACGAGUACCAGGAGGAGACCGGGCAGGAGGAGGCGGGUCAGGAUGUGGCGGCGGGCGGCGAGGGCGACGUGGGGCUCAGCCUCGCCAAGCGCUUCGGCGGCUUUGUCAAAGGGAGACACGGCUACAGGAAGUUCAUGUCUCCGGCCAGGUCCUACCAGAAGCGCUACGGCGGCUUCAUCGGCAUCCGCAAGUCUGCGCGCAAGUGGAACAACCAGAAACGCUUCAGUGAGUUCCUCAAGCAGUAUCUGGGCAUGAGCGCCCGCGCCAGCGAGUUCAACAGCGUGUCCCAGGACCUGACUCAGCAGAACCACGUCUAGAGAGGCCUCGCCUUUCCUGCUUCACUAUCUUCUCCGUUUUGUCCUCCAAAGAUGGUUGGCGGGUCACGCUUUUGAUUGUUGUUUCACUCUGACUCCCUGCUUCACUUCACUUCAC